AUGCAGCCCAUCGCCAUCACCCUGGCUCUCGCCGCCCUCACCAGCACCGCUCUUGCUGGUGCCGAUAAGAAAGUGAAACCGCCCAAUGUUCCCCAGCCUCCUCACCCAGUCAUCACCGUCCCGGUUGAGAGCAUUGCCCUGCCUAUCCAGAGCGUCGCCGUUCCCGUUGAGAGCAUCAUUGUGCCUGCUAUCAACCCCGCGCCAAUCCCUGUUCCUGCGGUUCCAGUUCCCGUGGCCCCCAUCCAUUAA